AUGUAUGCAUGGACAUCACUGACCUUGAACAUAGUCAGGAAGUUCAAAUCUCGUGCUGAUGCUGAGGAAUGGAUGCUGCGUGUUCACGGCAUCGAGAGCCCGGACCUUAUUGACUUGGCAGCGGCAAGGGCCGCAGUUGCUAGUGAGGAGGCGGCCGCUGCAGCCGCAUCACUUCCAGCUCUUGCCCCACUUCCUGCCGCUGUCCCCAGUUCAUCUCCUCCAUCGUCUACGCCUCCCGGCUCUAUGGGUCUGCUCUUUCAGCUUCUCCAGCAGAACUUCGGAGAUGCUCGUACAAUGGAGGCUCUCAAGCACCUCCUUUCCGUCCCUGCGGCAUCUUCUACUGCGACGUCUAAUGAAUCGCUCGCUGGUGGCUCUGGAGCUCUUCCGGGAUCUUCGUCUAGCCCCGAUGAUCCCGUCUUCAGUCCCCACGUCCCUCAUACUGGGCGCAAGUCUCUCUAA